AUGAGGAGUCCAGUGAGCUGGCUAUCCCUGGCUGUCUGUGUGGGUGGGCUCAAAGCAGAAUUGAUUACCCAUUUACACCCGCCGGUUCUAGAGUUUGUUAACAGUACGUGUGUCUUUCCAUUUAUGUAUGGCGACUCCAUAUACUACAACUGCAUCUCCCUCCACAGUGAUUAUGACUGGUGCUCACUCGACAAGAAAUUCCAAGGCAGAUGGCGGUACUGCACGGGGCAAGAUCCCCCCAAGUGUGCCUUCCCCUUCCUCUACAGAAAAAAGCUCUUUUAUGAAUGCACCAAGAAUGGCUAUGUUUUGAAUCGGAGUUGGUGCUCAUUGACAAAAAAUUAUAACCGAGAUGGGAAAUGGAAGCAGUGCUCUCCUUUUGGGUAA